CAAGCCCAGGACUCUCUAUGCGCAGUCACUGAGAAUUGAUCAUCUCCCUGUUUGGCCUUAGGAUUCUGUGAUUUUAAUGAAGAACUGACGGUUUUGGCUGGAUCCCCCUCGGCUGUCACAGACACCACAUAAUGGCUUUUACCCUCCCACUCAGGUUUGUCUGGCUCUGUUUCUUGCUGCCGCCAUGCAUUGUGCUCUCUGCAAAUUUCCCCAGCGGUGUAUCCAAGGCAGAGUGUCUGAAUCGUGUCUUCUGGAUAUGGGUGGACAAGGAUUUUAUAGGAUCAAGAGAAUGGCACUUGGAAGCUUUCAAUGAAACUGGGCCGCCAGUUCUGCUUGAUGAUGAACUUGCUUCACAGUGUGGCUAUUCCAUAACAAACGAUAUAUAUGGCAAUCUGGAAAUAAGGAUCUCCUUCUUGGCAUGCUGGGUUCUAAAUGUGAACGACCUCCAGUUUGACCUUAAGGUGCAGGUUCUCGUGAGACAAGGUGGUGGAUUCAUCCCUUACCCAGUGUCGCUGUCCUGUAGGAUCACUGACCCAUGGAAUGUACGGGAGGUUCUCUGUGAGGAGAACUUUAUGGAGGUCUCUGUCAGAAGAAUAGUUCCCUGGAUUGUUGAUUGGAUGACUGAAGACUUGCAGGCAGUUUGGCCGGUGACAGAGGGAGGAAUAACUCAGAGGUGGCAGGUUGAGUUCCAAAUGUCAGAUCUUCGUAUCAUCACAAUGAGUGCUAUAGAAGCACAAAGGAUGGGCUAUGGGCUCAACGCUACAGCAACCAGGGUUGUCUUCAGAGCCCCCUACAACACCUCAGAGUCCCAAAUCCUAAAGGUUGGAAGCUAUAGACUUGAAGUGAUUCUAGCCAAGAUGUACUAUUCUCAGCCUUUAAUUCGACUCAUUGUAGACACCACAACUGCCUGUCCUUCUGAUGCUCCUAUCAUAACCAAGACCUCGAUCUUCUGGCUGACCCCUGCUAUUCUCAACCCUCUGGUUCUUGAUCUUUCGGCCUAUAAAGAUAGGGGUCUUUCCAUGGGUGUAGAUGGUAGGUUGCUUGACUCCAGUGUAAUAGCGGCUAAUGGCUACACCCUCGGUAGGAACACCACCACUGUGAACGUGACUGUGCCAAUCGGUGCACCUGGUGGUUAUACAGAGAGUGAUGUUGUGAACAAUACCUAUGGAACCACAUACCAUAUACAUCUCAUGUUAGUGCACCACUGGCGUGGGACCACUGCUGACACCACCAGGCACUCUGUUAUUAAACCUAUCAAUACCCCUUUUAAGCCCCUGCUGCCCAUCUUCAUAAAUCGAACGGUACCGGAAAACCACUACUUUAACGUGUCUCUGGGCAACUUCUUCCCUGACGUGGGUCUGAAGGCUUUCAUCAUAAGGAGAGUGAUGGUCACGUUGGAUGAGGCAAACCGGAGAGGUUUUAGAGUGCAAACAGUGGACAACGGAAAUGGCACAAGGGCUUAUGUCCUUCAGGUGCCCUUCAGUGAUCCACUUGUGGAACAGAUGUACCUGGAUGGCAACAAGCGAAUGUACAUCCUUUAUGUCACCUACAUCCUGACCCUUUUAAACAAGAAGAAAGAUUUUACAUACACAGAUGUGGUGGAGUGUGUGUUACAAGACGUGGUUCCUCCCACUUAUGAUAAAAUCUGUGAAAAAGACCGCCUAAUCCUUAACAUGACCCGGGGGAACAUAGAUAUGUACUGGAUCCCGCAUAUUCGAAAUCUACCACUGACUGCAGCCCUAGCAACAUCCCAGAACUACAAGAUUACCCAACGUGGUCCAAUGUUACUGAUUGAAAUCCCGCUCUUCUCUGUAGGCCUGGCCUAUGAGGAUAUCUCGCUGAGGGGGAUCAGGGCUCGUGUGGACUUUUCACUGAAGGACAAUAAGACCCUUCAAGUUAGGAGCAGCUACUCCUUUGUGUGUAACUUUCCGACUGACCAGUUAUUAUUGUGUCUUCCCAAUGGUACCAUGAAAGCUACCGUAUUCAGCCUUGACACCAAACCUCGCUUUGACCCCCGAGAAACCCAUCUGAAGGACCCAACGUGCAAACCUCAGGAGGCUGAUAAUGAUCGUGCUCUGUUCUCUUUCUCUGUCUUUUCCUGCGGCACAACUAGGCAGUUUGUUGGAGACUAUUUGGUGUAUGAGAAUGAAGUUACAUUUGAUCGAAAGGGGUUACCUCCAAUCAAACCGAUCAUCUCUCGAAAUUCCACUUAUAGGCUGACCCUGCGCUGUAGGUACCCUCUCAUGGACACUCAACGAGUGAUGGGUAAAUACAACAAUAGCGUCAUUGGCCGCCGUGGGUUUUCAACUGACCCUAUCAGCGAGCAAGCUAAAGUUAUUCGGAAGAGAGAUGAGAACACACAAGCUUCCAAUCUAAAUGUAGCCAAAGAUAAGGCAUUCUCUUCGUUCUACCAUCCUGGGGACUUUCCAAUACUAAUCCAGCGAGAGGAGACCCUUUAUUUUGAGGUGGAUGAUCGGAGAAUUACGUCCCCCGCGCAUAAGGUCAGACUGCAAGAAUGCUGGGCAACCCCCUCCCAAAGGACAGACGGAUUCCCUCAGUGGGACCUUAUUGUGGAUGGGUGCGCUCAAAAAGGAAAUAAUUACUCAGUAGACUUCAUACAAGGCUCUCAUUCACGAUUCCAGCUGAAGAUUGAAGGAGACCUGAGUGAACAGCUGUACAUAUACUGUCAGGGUCUGAUCUGUGACUCUCUACUUGAAGCCGAGCAAUGCCGAAGUGUCUGCAAUGAAGCAAAGCCCGGAGUGUCAGGGAGAAGAACCGCCCCUGUGGUGGAGCCCUAUGAGCUCUUAUCUGCAGGCCCAAUUCAGAUUGGCACAGGAGAGGCUGAAGUACAGUUUCGGCAUGUGGAAGAGAAGAGCUGGAACAUGUGGAUGUGGCUUCUGUCGGUUGGCCUUGCCUUCAUCUCAGCUUUCACUGUCGGAUCAGUUAUACUCGCAGUACGGCUUUUUGUGUGUUAAAAAUAAAACGUUUUCUAGUUA